CGGUUCGAGGCCAAACAUAGCUUUUUUAAGCAGGUUGUUAGGCACAUACAUAAUUUCAGAAAUGUAACAUUUACACUGGCAAACAAGCAUCAGCUAAUGGUUGCUUAUAAUUUGCUUCGCCCUGACAAUGAGAAGUCUUCAUUGGAAGUUUUGCAAACCUCAAGAGUCUCAAUUGAUAUCCUUCAUGAUGAUGUUGUGAACUCGCUUGUACAGAAGCACCCAGAAAUCUCUGAAAUAAACCUGGCCCAAAGUGUCACUGUCAAUGGUAUCAGAUAUAAAAAGGGCAUGAUAGUUGUACAUGGAUCCUGUGGUGGUCUUCCAGGAUUUUCAGAAAUAAUGCAGUUGUGCAUUAUUAAAGACGAGUUGACUUUUAUUGUUAAAAAACUCAACUCCUAUUAUAGAGAACAUUAUCGAGCCUUUGAGUUGCAUCCAACAAGAGAGUUUGCAGCAGUUGAUCAGAAGGAACUUGCUGACCACUAUCCAUUGGCUGAAUACAAAGUUGGAUCACUACGAAUGGUAACCUUAAAAAGAUUUGUACAUGUUGCUGAAUGAAAACAAGAUGGCUGCAACUUUAAGAAUCAUUCUUGGAGAGGACAACGCAUCGAAAUUAUCUCUUCCCAAUGGGAUACCCAGUUCACUAGAGUACCUCAAGGAAGAAAUUAGAAGGCAGUUUGGUUUGACUGGAAACUUCAGGCUUCAGUACAGAGACAUUGAAUUUGACAACGAGUUUGUGAACUUGACACUGCCUUCAGAAAUCAAAGACAAGUCCACAGUUAAAGUUGUUUACUUGCCAGUUGAGUCGGAUGAAGUCUCUCUCAAUGCCACACCCCGGGAAAGAGAUGACUGUUCCACCCCAUGUUCACUAGCUGAUACAGACAUUCUUUCUUCUGCUGAAUCUACCUCCUCAGAUUCUUCACUGAGAUCACAACCAUGGCCCUUGAAAUUCCAAAUACCUGAGUUUAGUUAUGAGGUGCAGUUUCAGUUAGAACAAGGAAACCAAGCCUUCCUUAACAAUGGUACUCUUCUGCAUCCAAGUACCAAACUCAAAUCUGAUAUAUUGCAAAGUUUGGCAUCAGAAAUGGCCAAAUACAAAAUCUAUCCUUCCAGCGCAGAAUUUGAUAAUGUAGCGGAGGCCCUGAUAACAAAAUAUCCAUGCUUAAAGGAGCAAGGUUCAGUCACUGGCUAUUAUGGAUGGAAAAUCAGCCUGAAAUACAAAAUGGCAAACUAUCGAACCAGACUAAGGAACAUCGGCUGCCAAGAGCUGACCAUUAAUUCAGUGAAAGAAAAGCGAAGUGUCAUGGGUCCAGGUCCCAACCAGGUGAAGAAGCCAAGGAAGGCAGAAGUCAACUUCUGUCCGGAUUAUCCACCAGGUGAAACUAAAGAGAGCCUUGAGGAAGAAAGGAAAGCUCUUCUACUAGAGGUCAAAAAGAAGAAUAAUGAUCAACUAAUAAAAAGAAAAAUGGAAAAAAACCUUUGCCUACCGAACACAGGAAAUCAUCAAAGACAUGCCAUUCAUUGCAGAGGUCAAAAACAGAUGGCCUGCCCUGUUUUCAGAGACUGAGGUUGUUGCAGAGUUCACCCACAUCACCAUGGUCCCUUUGUUGUCGACUUUCAUGGCCAAGCUGGACCGCUAUGCUGACCACCUUCUUAGAGUGUUCAAAAAGAAGGGGGGGACAGCUAAACGCAAUAUCAACUUAAUCAUGGCAGCCAUGGAUGGGAAUCCCAGUGUUGAUGUUCGACGGGAGUGCAUUCUGAAAGCUGUCUGUGUCUACUUAAAUGAAAAGCCAGAUGACCUGUUCAAGGAAUUCUUGGAUGUGGAUCUUGGUGCAAGCAGAGAAACGGAGCAGCUGACUUUGGGAGUCUAUGUUGUCAGACAUGAAGGAGCAGACUCUGCAGAUACACCUGAGGACAUUGGUGUCAUCAUAGAAGGAUGCACUGUGCUGCAAGCUCUUAGUGAUGUGGCAAAGGGGUGUGCCCUCCUGCUUGGACUAAUCUACAGUCUAAAUCUGAGCUACCCAAAGCACCCGAAAUACACAUUUGAAUUUCUUCAGAAGGUGCUGAUGGAGUUGGAUGGGAACAACCUAUCCAUGAAGGUGCAGGUUCUGAAAAACAAACUGCUUGAGUGAAACAGCCUGCACUGAACUAUAGAGGACACUGAACUUUAAGGUUCUCGAACCCUUCUCCUUGCACUUCAUAAACUGUUCAGUUUGAAUUGCUGCAAGAACUUCUGCAAGCCUUUCACUUUUCUGCGUUCUUUGUUCUUGAACCUUUACCAACAUCCAACUACACUGAAAAAGACUGCUCCUAACUUUGGACUUCAGUUUAAGUUUUGAAGCAAAGGUUAUUUUUCUAAAUAUGGACAAAAAUGACACUAAAGUAAUUUCUGCCUGCUGUUUGCAGGGCUGUAUUGUGGGAUUUUCAUUGUAGCCCAGUCAAGUUUAAAAUAAGUCAUGUUAAUGUUAAAAAUGUUGGAAUCACAACACUUCCCAGUUUUAAUCAUUUAUGUAUCUUGUCUUUCUGCACUUAUAAUGCACUUGAAUAUAUGUAAAGAUUGUUUAUGAAAAAAGAUCUAAAAGCAUUUGAAUUACUCAAAGUGUUUACACACAAGUUUUACACAGUGUUA